AUGGAUUCGAAAUCCACACUGUUCGCCGUCGUUUGUCUGCUGGGCAUGGCGCUGCUAGUGCAGAGUUUUGAUAACGGAACGCGGCACGAUGCGGACGCCAAACCGGGCCGUCGCUACAAGCGCAUGUAUGUGAUGUGCCCGCCAAAGUUUAGUCGCAUCGGUAACGAGUGUUACUACAUCUCGCCGGGCAAACAGAACUGGCUGGAUGCGUACUUCGAGUGUAAGGACCACAACAGCAAGCUGGCGGAACCGAUGAAGUACGAGGACAAGCAUCUCAGGAGAUAUCUGCAGAAAAUUAACCUGUCAGAAGAUCUCUGGAUUGGCGGCACCUACAACUGGAAGGUGAACAAAUGGCAAUGGGGCCACAAUGGGCGCGACAUCGAGUAUCAAUCGUUCAGCCAAAUGGUUCCUGGGAGCAGCAAGGAUUUGAAAUACAACUGUGCACUGCUACGGUCCGACCUCAAAUACAGAUGGUCGGCCCAAGAGUGCACGAAUAAGAACAAUUUUAUCUGCCAACAUCGUAUGCCGCUAGUGUCCGAAAAUGGACGGUACAGUUUGUAUGACAAAUGGAACAAAACCUACCCCGACCAGAAGGCGAACGAGAAGGUGGUGUACAUCAUGGACGAACCGAACGAUCGAAACCAAAGCAAUAACAAUGUGAAGCCGCGCAUCUACAACAGCAGGAAGCGGGUGAUACAAUCGAACCCCUCGAUUAGACCCCGUCCGGAACAUCGGCGCAAACCUUACCUGAAGAAGAAGCCUGUUCAAGCUGCUACCGGACCGUACUACAUCCCGUCGGAAGUGGUGGUCGGACGCAAGCAACAUCUCGCCCAGUAUGCACCGGACGCACCGAACGAUAUCAACACGAUCGAUAGCGGCCAUCGUAACGGGUACCAUUCGGUGUCACAGUUUAACGUUGACUUUACCACACGCAAUGGCAAGAACCGGGCAGCAAUCAUACCGGGCGGUUACCGACCCGGGUACGGAUCGCCGACCCAUAUGGAGACACGCGGACCGCAUCAACACCGGCACCAGCCGGGCCAGCAUAAAACUACCAAACGAACCCAUUACUUCAUGCCGACACGUCCACCAACUACACCGAGCACCAGCACCCCGGCAACGACGACGACGACCACCACUACCACACCACGACCGCAAACCACCACAAGCUGGCCGAUGCCGACGAAGCGAAUCCAUUACUCACCACUAACAACCAACAAAAUGCUGAAGCAGCACACGGCCCACCCAAUGUCGACGAACGAAAGAAAGCUGAAGCGCGAGCAACUGCGCGAACGGCUCCAGCGGUUAUCGUACGAGGAGCAGCUGCUCUUCUUCCAGGAUCGGGCCAACCGGAAGAAGCUAAAGGAACAGCAACUGCGCGACCAGCAGCGCGAAAAUGAGGUGGUGCAGUAA